ACUGCCUGAAGGGUUAAAGGAUUGGAACAAGGAGAAGGAGAAACUAGGAACUGAAGUUGCAUAAAAUUCAAUUAUCUGGGAACAGAGGAGAAGAGAAAAGAAGACUCACAAGGAAAUACUUCCAGUAAACCAGACGACAGUAGAGCCAGUCCCAUUAUUUAAUAAAUAAAGUUUAAUUUUGAUCAAUUUUACAGUUAUCAUAAACUUUCAGAUAGAAUGGAGGGUGGGUUGGGUUGGUUGAUGUUGUAUACCCGGGUCUGUGGUUUGAGCUGGAUCCUAGUUUACCUGGCUUUAAGCUUAGUUUUAGGUCUCAUGACGCACAUCACCCUGCAUUUAAUGAUCGUCGGUUUAAUGAUCUGUCUAGUUUCAUACUUCCGGCUUCCUCCUCCCAACCCUACCAUAGUUCGUCAGGUUCUCGGUACAGAUCCUGCUCCGGGUCUACCAGACUCAGCUGUAGAUUGGUUAAUUGCCCACAGAGCAGCUUGUCUUGAUGCUCCUGAGAACAGUAUUGAAGCUCUACGGCUGGCAGCUAAGAACGGAGCCAAGAUUAUCGAGUUCGACGUGAGUUUCACCUCAUGUAUGUCUCCUGUUGUAUUCCACGAUGAUACAGUUGACAGGGUUACUCAGGCUACAGGACACAUAUCAUCUCACACACAUUCUAAUCUCAAGAAGUUAAAUCUUGCAACAAAACAUCCUCUAGGAUCAAGCUUCGAGUUCUCCGGUAUCCCUGAUCUAGAAGAGUUUGUAGCUGAGUGUAUGAAAUUGAACAUGAAGAUGAUUAUCGACCUGAAAACCUAUGAAGUCCCGGAAGAGACCAUCUCCGUAAUACUCAACCUGUACAAGAAGUUUCCUGGGAUGAAGAGUUGCACCAUGGUAACCUCCUUCUUUCCUCACCUUCUCUACCAGCUAAGAAGGAAGGAUCCGGAGAUUGUCUGUUCUCUCUCCUACAGACCUCACUUCUUCGCGUUCAGUACUUAUGAAGGAACCAAUGUCAGCAUGAAACCUAGAUUUUCUGGUUUUAUGCUCCACACUGCUAACCUUGUGGAUAUCCUGUUCCCCUGGUUCCUGGAGAACUUUAUCUGGUUCUUUGUCGGCCUGUCCGCCGUCCUCGUCCACAAGGCCGUGGUUACUCACCAGUACGUGUCGGACUGGAGACGGAAGGGGGUCAGGGUGAUGGCCUGGACUGUCAAUGAUCCACUGGAGAAAGCUUUUCUAAUUCACACAGUUGGAGUUCAAUGUCUCACUGAUACUUUGGAGAAAGUGAAGCCUGAUCAAUGGGUUUUAAAAGAUUAAUGUAUAAGAUGACACGAACAAAAAUCAAGACGAAAUAUCCUGCACCUUGAACUGACGAAAGAAAUUCUCUGAACUUUAUUCACGACAUCAUUACAUUCUGUAUAUCGUUGGUAACCGGCUGACGAUUUUUAAACUGUGCGUAAUCCAAAGACACUCUGCACUGUCAUAUCUAAAAUUGUUAACAACUAUUUAACUAAAAAUUUUGAUGUAACCUUAUGUUAUGGACUUAGAUUUAAGUAUGCUUAUAUCUUAAUGUGUAAACCCUAGCUUAAACACACACAAAACUCGAUAAUUUGUAUAUAUUUAUUAGUUUUGCGGCUUUUGUUCACGCACGCACUAAAUGCAAAGAAAAAUCAUAAAUAAUUCUUAGUAAUCAGAUUUUUUUUAUAUAAUUUAUUGUCAUAAAAAAUAAACAUUCCACCACUUUUGUUUAGUUUAGUUUUUUUUAUAUAUUGUUAUGUUCAUGUAGUAUGUAACCGCUUGACUAUCAUUUUAUAUCGAAAUUGUAAUGUUUUGUUAUAACGUUAUUGUGAUUCGUAAGCAAAAAUUAGUUAGAAAUAACUAAUAACUAUCCAUAAUUCUGUUUUGUCUUGUUUUCACUUGUAAUUUAACUGAGGGUGUCCUUAUAAACAUAGAAGUUAAGUUACGACUGCUGAAAUGAAAAAGUUUUUAAUCAACUUUGAAUUCAUUAAGGACCUAAUAUGACCAUGUUGUCUACUUAAACCUUUUAGAAUGGGAGAUAUGCAGAAUUGGGUUGAUUUUUCUAGUAUAAAACAGUAGACAUUGCUUUAGAUAUUACAUAUUGAAGAAGAAAUAAAAGUCGCGACUAAAUUCCCAUGUUUGAGUUUUGUAUCUGCAUCUGCAAUUCUUAAUUAUGUUUUGUAUAUUGUAAACGGGUUGUAGACUAGAUUUCAUAUGUCCGAUUUGUCUGAUAAAGAUUAAUAAAUGUGAAAAUUAUA